UUUGACUCUGCUGCUGAGCUCAAGCGUCAGCAGAGCAGAGGAACUUCGCUUAAUUCAGAAACAUUAUUUUGCACUUUGAACGCGUUCUCAGUCUCUCUUGUGGAACUAUGGCGCGCCCGGCUCUCCAAGUAACGCCCGUUUCACAGAUUGAUUUCCCUUACUGCUCCUCAUUUCAGCGAUACGACAUGACUGCUUCGUCAAUCUGCAUUAAUCUCAAAGCCCAUUUACCCAAAUUAAUUACUCAACGUCCACUUAUGAAAAUUAAACGCUUCAAAUCAAUUGGAAUUGUCGGAUUUUCUGGUUUGCAUGGUCAAAUAGAGCAGAAGACCAUUCUCGCUCCUGAAAUACCGCUGGACUUCAAUGACGCAGAGCUCGAGGUUCAAACCCGCAUUUGGAACUGGAGGGGUUACUCUGUUCGCUAUCAGUAUUCCGGAAACAAUGGCCCCGCAUUGGUUCUAGUGCAUGGUUUUGGAGCAAACAGUGACCACUGGAGGAAAAAUAUUCCAGUUCUUGCAAAAUCUCAUCGGGUUUACUCUAUUGAUCUUAUUGGUUAUGGAUAUUCAGAUAAACCAAAUCCUCGUCAAAUUAGAGAUGACUCCUUUUAUAGUUUUGAGACAUGGGCUUCCCAAUUAAAUGAGUUUUGUGUUGACAUUGUUAAGGAUGACGCAUUCUUCGUAUGCAAUUCCAUCGGAGGUGUGGUUGGUCUUCAAGCAGCAGUAAUGGAGCCGCAAAUCUGCAAGGGCAUUAUCCUUCUUAAUAUCUCUCUGCGCAUGCUUCAUAUAAAGAAGCAGCCUUGGUAUGGAAGACCUUUCAUUAGAACAUUCCAGAGAUUGCUCAGGGACACUGCUGUUGGCAAGUUGUUUUUCAAUGCUGUUGCAACUAAAGAAUCCGUUAGGAGCAUUCUUUGCCAGUGCUACCACGAUACCUCGAAGGUGACAAAUGAGCUUGUACAAAUCAUCCUUAAUCCAGGGCUGCAACCUGGAGCAGCAGAAGUUUUUCUUGAGUUUAUUUGUUAUUCAGGUGGCCCUCUUCCUGAGGAAUUACUACCCCAAGUGAAAUGCCCAGUUUUGAUAGCAUGGGGUGACAAGGAUCCGUGGGAACCAAUUGAGAUUGGAAGAAACUUUAAGUAUUUUGAUUCUGUGGAAGAUUUCAUUGUCCUUCCAAAUGUUGGCCACUGCCCCCAGGAUGAAGCGCCUCAUCUUGUGAACCCGCUUAUCGAGUCAUUUGUGGCAAAGCAUGCUGAACCCUCAACAGUUAGUUGAUUGGAUUUUGCUGUGAGUUGGUUGAUGCUGCUUAAUGCACUGGAGGAGUGAAUGUUUCUCAAAUUGAAAUUGCAGCUGUCGAGAAUUAGUUUAUUUAUUAUUUUUCUUGUAUAUAUUGAAGCAUUACACACUUAUUUGCGUGGCAUAUCCAUGGUAAACGUGAAAAAUUUAUCUCCAUGCCAAUGAUUAUAAAAAUUACAAAUUUUCACUGUUUUGAAA